AUGUUCGUGUCGUGUUGUGUGCUCCUGUUCGUUUUAUCAAACUAUUGGUCUGACGCGAGGUCAGAGGAUGAAGACGACGAACCUCUGGAUUUACGAAAACAGGUCGACGUGUAUCCAGAACACUUCGUAGAACCAGUGCCUUUUGGUCACAUCACUCUUGAAGGCUUCGGAGACCCCAAGCAGCCAGUUGAUUUUCUAGAACUAAUGAUGAGAUUACCAAAAAGUAAAGAGGAAGCAAAAGAAAUUUUGAGAAAAGGAGGAAGGGACAUUUCGAUUAUUAAUAUUGAACUAGCAAAAAGUUUUGCAGGUCCCAGAGAUGAGUACGUUAAGGACCUGAUAGUCGAACCACCGCCUGAGACAAACGCUACCAGGCUGAAGUGGUAUGAUUUAGCAGCUAUGCAAAUGAGGAAUGCUAUGAUGCCUCCUGGUUACAACCCAUACGCAAAAAAGGUGGAUAUGCCAAGGGGAGUAAGGAGACAGGAGGAAAAAAGAGGGGGGAAUAGAAAUGAGGCAAGAAUAGGAGACAUUAGAAAUGGAGGUAGGGGAGGUUUCGCACCACCCCCACCGAUGCGUGAUUUUAAGCGUUUCUUUGGGAGAAAUUCAUUCCAGUUACAUGGAAAUAAAGAGGAUCCCAUCAAUUGGACCACUUGCGAUGAAUUCGCAGUUGGAGCAAUAUUUUCAGCAAAGGAUAUUGUCGGUCAUAAGUGGACUCCAUUUUAUAUUUGGUCUACUUUAAACAUUGCUUAUGCUACAGUGCAUACGUUCGAGCCUCCUUCUAAAAAGUUAGUGGAUGAAUAUUAUACAAAAUACAACAAAUUUUUGAACAAAACCAUCGAUUGGAAAAAGCCUAAACUUCUUAUGAAAGGGAGAAAUGAAAUGUUGUUGAUCGCAGUAGACAGGAAGGGCUUGUUCGAUGCUGUAAUUAAACACGAAAUACCAGACUCCGCGAAACAGAACCCAAUAACAAUCCCUUCGUUGUCGGUACGAAUGAAGAUAGAAGAUCCAUAUUUAGUGGUGAUGUAUUGCGAAGACUAUUACGCUACAGUCAUGGCGAUAUCAGGUCGGGAACCAACCACGUACAGAGAGAUCAGAGCUGAAGUAGCAACCAUCAAAUUUGUAGGAAAAGGCAGACCAGUAUGGAGGGACUAUGAAGGGGAGAAAGAGAAUGCUAAAUUGGAGCAGGAGGCAAAACUACAAGCAGAACGAGAUAAAUUCAUAAUGGUUGCUGAAUAA